GCAAACAUCACUGGCCAUCAGUACAGCCGACUCUGGCCAUAGACGUUCAUCACUACUCCUCCCGCAAGACGACGCCUUUUACGAUUAUUCCUGUAAACGUCUGUUACGUGUCCCCAUAAUCUUCCGGUAGCACAGGAGUCUCUCAGCUUCUGCUCGGUCACGAUCAGUCUUGAGUAACCUUCUAGGAGAACGUAAACUCGAAAAUGCAGGCUAUUAAAUGCGUUGUCGUCGGGGAUGGUGCUGUCGGAAAGACGUGUCUCCUCAUCUCAUAUACCACUAAUGCCUUCCCCGGGGAGUAUAUUCCGACUGUAUUUGACAACUACUCGGCCAAUGUGAUGGUGGACGGGAAGACCAUAUCCCUGGGAUUGUGGGAUACUGCCGGCCAAGAAGACUACGAUAGACUCAGACCUCUAUCCUAUCCCCAGACGGACGUGUUCCUGAUCUGUUUCUCCCUCGUGAGUCCGCCUAGUUUUGAGAACGUUCGGACCAAGUGGCAUCCUGAGAUCUCUCACCACGCACCACAAACAUCAAUAGUCUUAGUCGGGACCAAGCUCGACUUGCGCGAGGAUCCCGCUACCAUCGAGAAGCUCAGGGAACGGCGCAUGGCUCCCAUUCAGUACUCGCAGGGCGUUGCCAUGGCAAGGGAUAUCGGAGCUGUCAAGUAUCUCGAAUGCUCGGCUCUUACUCAGAAGGGCUUGAAGACUGUCUUCGACGAAGCUAUCCGGGCCGUCCUUAACCCUCCACCGCGGGAGAAAAAGUCAACCAAGAAGGGGUGCAUCAUCGCCUAGUAUGGUUUUGCGGCUGCUGGAGGAUAGAACGUCACGUCUACAUAGGUAUAUCCUGGUCUGGGAUCGGCCUCUUUCACGAUUGUCAUGUCAUUCGAACAACGUUGCACUUCAACUGGACGGCUACUACAUGAAGUCCAUUGUCCCGGUCGCUUCGUUGUACAUAUUCCCGUUAUCUUGGAUUGCGUACCCCUGUUGUUUCACUUUAUACUGUUGCUUAGUUUGUUCUAGCUGUUAUGAGCUAUGACGAAUUUCAGGAUACCACAC